AAGGAGAUGAAUAAAUCUCUCUCACUCUAAUCACUCACAACAACUUCACGCACUCACCUGCACUCACAGCGACUCUAAGGUUUAGUUCACUCUCCAGAGACAGAGAGAAACACACAACGUGACAUCGAGAGGAAAAACAAUUCUCUCAUCGAAAAACAGAUCAAAGAAUUUGAUUUAUUCUUCACAGAUGAGAGGAUACUUUGUUGUCUUGAUCCAUGAUGUCUCCUUCACAACAGCAAAGAAAUCGGGACAGUCUUUACUUUGACUGGCAUCCCACACUGUGAAGUGAAGCCGAGCUCCUCAGUGUUUCUGGCUGAACUGUGGAUGGAGAUGAUGAGGAACUCUCAGUUUCUACACCUUGCUCCCAUUGUGUCUUCUCUACUUUCACUUCUCCUCUGCCAAGCAUCUGCCACUUCAGGGUCAGACUAUGAAUACGGAGCUCACCCACGCUUUGUCUGCACCCCCAUUCCUGUGGAUACAGACCCUUCCUGCUUCCCCACAGCAGGUCCAGGCGCAGGAGCGCCGGGGCCCAGCGGACCAGGCCAUCAAAGUGCACCUCCUGCUGGGUGGUGGGGGGCGAGCGAGGAGGCCAAAGCCACCAUCCUCCACCUCAGGGAGAGCCUUGUGCGACAGAAAGAGACCAUCCUGGACCAGAGGGAGACCAUUAGAGAGCUGACAGCCAAGCUGUCUCUGUGUGAGGGCUUCAGCCACGGUGUGACGCCUCACGACGACCACCACGGCACUGCCUCAUUCUCCCAUCAUGCAGGGGUGGCCAGUCCUCACCCGCACACUGACCACGGGCACCAUAGCAACCAGCAAGGUCACCAUGGCAACAGCAACUUCAUACCAGACUCACCGCACAACCCCUCUGUAGGGGGGCAACGAUUGGACAGAGGCCACAACAGCAACAACAACCAGGGGAAGGAUAAACAUGUGACACCGGGGGACAUCACAUCAUCAACGGAGCAGAUGGAGAGGAUGCUGCAGGCACUCAAGGACAGGCUGGACAACCUACAGCAGAAGAGUAACACAUCCACCACCUACUCCAGCUCGCUGAAGGAGCUGCUGCAGAGGAAGAUCAGCGCCCUGGAGGAGCGGCUGCACCAUCACCAUCACGACGACCACAGCGGUCACAGCGACAAUGAAGACCAUCACGGCGGUGACGAUCACCACGCCGACGGACACUUGAGUGACCACCACGAUGAUGACCACGACGACAGACAUCACGGUGGCCACGACGACGGCAGGAACCACAGCGAUCACCAUGAUGACGACCACAGUGACGACCAUCAUGAUGCAGACGGUAGUCAUGACGACCAUGAUGACCACGAUGAUGAUGAUGACGACCAUCACAGUAAUGAAGCAGACAAUCACAGUCACUUUCCACACACGGGUUACAGAGCACAAGGGCCCCGACCUGGUUUCCACUCCAAACUGGAGAAUGUGCUCAACCAGCUGCACCUCACAGGCCCCAGCAAGAAAAAUCCUGAUGCUUUCCAGCUCAGUUUCCCCAUGAGAACUAACUACAUGUACGGGCGGGUGAAGAGGCCUCUGCUGCAGGAAAUCUUCGCCCUGACUCUGUGUCUCUGGAUGAAGACGGGCGUGGGACACAGCAUGGGGACGCCCUUUUCUUACUCCGCCCCUGGACAGUCCAAUGAGCUGGUGCUCAUUGAGUGGGGGGACAAUCCUUUAGAGCUGCUGAUUGAUGACAAGGCGGUGACAUUGCCCCUGUCUGUGAGUGAUGGGAAGUGGCACCAUGUGUGUGUGACCUGGUCAACACGGGAUGGACAUUGGGAGGCCUACCAGGACGGCGUGCAGAGAGGAUCAGGGAGUAAUCUGUCUCCCUGGCGCCCAAUCAAACCUGGAGGGAUCUUCAUCCUGGGACAGGAACAGGACACUCUUGGGGGCCGUUUUGAUGCCACUCAGUCAUUUGUGGGCGAGAUGGCCGACCUGCACAUGUGGUCACAUGUCCUGAGUGCCGAGGACAUCUACAGCCUGGCCUCCUGCAGCAGUUACCUCAGAGGAGACGUCAUCGCAUGGUCUGACACGGAGGUGGAGCUUCACGGGGGCGUCGCCAGAUUCCCGUUUGACCCAUGUCACUGAAAGGCCCACGAAGAAUCAGCGUGGAGUUAUCCUGGAACAUGAGGACAGUGCAAAAAUAAAAAUAACAGUCUCUUUGAACAUCAGUCCUUUUGACAGGAUGAUCAUUCAGAGGUGCUGACUCCUUCACUCUUUGAAUCAUUGCCUUCCGUUUAACUUAAACAGUGACUUUUUGAUUAUUGAAAUAAUCAAAUGCAGACUUAAAUCUGUGUUGACAGAUGUGGUGUUGAGACUUGGUGAUCUUUGAUCUUAGUUACUGCUGGUGUUUAAGACAUAUUUGUAUGUGGCAUAUUGUCAUACUGUUGAUAAGACUAAACACAGUGGGAUCUCUGUUAAUGUUAAUGUUAGCAGACAUGAGGUUAUUUCUGUUGUGACGUGACACACUACCUUGUUUAGUUUGAUACUGAUAGAAAAUGUGAUGAGAAAUCAUUCUUUAUACUCUGGGUUCUCUUUUUUGAAGAGUUUCCAUGAAAGGUACAGCUAAUUUACCAAAGAAACUGUAGGAUUAGUCAAUGUCAUGAAGUUACUUUGAUCUUCAGUGUAUCAGAGAUAGACUGUCUGAUGUUUUCUUUUAAAAGAAAUAAUAAAAAAAGUCAGUGAGGCAAAUUUAGUGUUCUUAGACACUUUUGUAUGUUCUACAGUGCAGGUGUGCUCACUGAACAAACCUGACAUUUAUCAUUUUAUUUUGCAUAAAUGUGACUUUAAUGUUGUGAAUGACAUACAGUAUGUGGUGAAAUAAGGUUCUUGUGAUGUGGCUUUUUAUUUUCUGAGAUGAUUUGGCCUUUUCUGUAUAUUUGCUACUCAACUGUAUAUAAAACACUGAAUGUAAGCCAAGUUACAACUUUGAUGUGCUUUUUUUCACAGUUUAGACAAUUGAACAAUAAUAAUAAGUGUGAAAUAUACAUCUUUGUUCUUCA